CCACAACAUCUGGUAAACGCCAAACAGCAAUCAUUAAUCACUUAUAAAUCUACAAACAACCACAUGCCAGGCAACAUGCUGACGGACAACAACAGCCGCAGUUGCAACGGUACUUUCGCCUCCUCCGCGCUACCCAUGUCAAGCAUUUCCGCUACCGCUAUGCAAAAUAUUCUCAAGGAGGACGACACUGAUCAAGAAGACGGCGAGGAUGAAGACGAUGACGAAGAUGAAGAUGAGAAUGAAAUAGAAGAUGAUGCCACGGUAAGCUAUUGAAACAACAAUCAACAGAACAAUAUUUGUAUGCAUGAAUAUCGAACAGUGAAUUUAAGACGUCCAAUGCU